AUUCUUUUUCAAUCUUUCUAAAUUCCAUUUCUACCCUUAACUCUCUCUCUCUCCCUCUCUCUCUCUCUCCAAACGCACAUCAUCAAACUAACAUUUGUCUGCUGCAAACUCUCACCUCUCUUCUUCCUUCUUCUUCUCUCUGCUUCACACACACAUUCUCUGUCGAUUUUCAGAUCACUCUUUCAUCAAAUGGAAUCAGAUGAUUGCUCUGUUAAAGUUGCUGUCCACAUCAGACCGCUCAUCGGCGACGAACGGCUUCAAGGUUGUAAAGAUUGUGUCACUGUCGUUUCCGGUAAACCUCAGGUACAAAUUGGAUCACAUUCUUUUACGUUCGACCAUGUAUACGGAAGCACUGGCUCUCCAUCUACCGAAAUGUAUCAAGAAUGUGCUGCACCGCUCGUUGACGGCUUAUUCCAAGGCUACAACGCCACGGUUCUUGCUUAUGGCCAGACUGGUUCCGGUAAAACAUACACAAUGGGCACAGGCUGCGGAGACAACAGCAGCCAAACAGGGAUCGUACCUCAAGUCAUGAACGCUCUUUUCACCAAGAUUGAGACUCUCAAGGAUCAUAUCGAGUUUCAGAUACACGUUUCUUUCAUCGAGAUUCAUAAAGAAGAGGUGCAAGAUUUGCUGGAUCCUUCCACUAGUAACAAGUCAGACACUAAGGUAGCACAUGUCCCUGGGAAGCCACCGAUACAGAUCAGAGAAUCAUCCAACGGUGUUAUCACAUUAGCUGGAUCCACGGAAGUAAGCGUCACUACUCUCAAAGAGAUGGCUGCUUGUCUCGAUCAAGGCUCGGUCAGCAGAGCUACUGGUAGUACCAACAUGAACAAUCAGUCAAGUCGUUCACAUGCCAUUUUCACUAUCUCCGUGGAGCAAAUGCGCAAGAUUAAUAAUAAUACAGAUUCUUCUGAAAACGGUAGCUUGAAAGAAGAGUAUCUGUGUGCGAAGUUGCACCUUGUAGACCUUGCUGGUUCGGAACGUGCCAAACGAACUGGCUCUGACGGUAUGAGAUUUAAAGAAGGAGUACACAUAAACAAAGGCCUCCUUGCGCUUGGUAAUGUCAUCAGUGCUCUCGGAGAUGAGAAAAAGCGUAAAGAUGGUGCCCAUGUUCCUUACAGAGACAGUAAACUUACACGGCUUUUGCAGGAUUCACUUGGGGGCAACAGCAGAACUGUAAUGAUAGCUUGCAUCAGUCCUGCAGAUAUUAAUGCGGAGGAAACACUUAACACUCUUAAAUAUGCAAACCGUGCUCGAAACAUCCGGAACAAACCUGUUGUUAAUAGAGAUCCUGUGUCCAGUGAGAUGCUAAAAAUGCGUCAACAGCUCGAAUACUUACAGGCAGAGCUCUCCUUACGUAAUGGAGGAUCCUCAUGUGCAGAGCUUCAGGUUCUUAAGGAAAGGAUUGCUUCCCUCGAAACUGCUAAUGAAGACCUUUGCCGGGAGCUUCAUGAGUACAGAAGUAGAUGUGGUGGUGUAGAGGAGCCUACUGACAAAGACUUUAAAGACAUACAAGCUGAUGAAAUCGUCGGUUCGGUUAGACCAGAUGGGCUGAAAAGGAGCUUGCACAGUAUAGAGUCGUCUAAUUAUCCCAUGGUUGAAGCCACUACAGGUGAUUCAAGGGAAGUAGACGAAGAGGCAAAGGAGUGGGAGCACAAGCUCUUGCAGAAUAGUAUGGACAAAGAGUUGCAUGAACUGAACCGCCGUCUAGAGGAAAAAGAGUCUGAAAUGAAGCUUUUUGAUGAUCCGGCUGCGCUAAAGCAACAUUUUGGAAAGAAAAUUGCAGAGGUGGAGGAUGAAAAGAGAUCUGUUCAGGAAGAGAGAAACCGUUUGUUAGCUGAAAUUGAGAACCUUGCUUCUUCUGAUGGCCAAGCACAGAAGCUGCAAGAUGUGCAUGCUCAGAAUCUUAAAUCGCUUGAAGCACAGAUUCAAGACCUUAAGAAAAAGCAAGAGAGCCAGGUUCAGCUACUGAAGCAGAAGCAAAAGAGUGACGACGCGGCUAAGAGGUUACAAGACGAAAUCCAGUCCAUCAAGGCCCAAAAGGUCCAGCUGCAGCACAGAAUGAAACAAGAAGCAGAACAGUUUCGACAGUGGAAAGCCUCUCGGGAGAAGGAACUUUUGCAGUUACGGAAAGAAGGGAGAAAGAGCGAGUAUGAAAGGCAUAAGCUGCAAGCUUUAAAUCAGCGCCAGAAAAUGGUUCUACAGAGGAAGACAGAAGAGGCUGCAAUGGCUACCAAGAGGUUAAAAGAGUUGUUGGAAGCUAGGAAGUCUUCUCCUCGUGAACACUCAGGUGGUACAAAUGGCUUUGCAACAAAUGGUCAGACCAACGAGAAGUCGUUGCAGCGGUGGCUAGAUCAUGAGCUGGAAGUCAUGGUGAAUGUGCAUGAAGUACGUCACGAGUACGAGAAACAAAGCCAUGUACGAGCUGCUCUAGCGGAAGAGUUGGCUGUGUUAAGACAAGUUGAUGAGUUUGCAGUGAAAGGGUUAAGUCCUCCAAGAGGAAAAAAUGGCUUUGCUAGGGCAUCAUCGUUGUCACCUAAUGCAAGGACGGCGAGAAUAUCUUCGCUUGAGAACAUGCUAGAGAUAUCUUCCAACUCUCUAGUGGCAAUGGCGUCACAGCUUUCUGAGGCGGAAGAACGUGAGCGUGCCUUUACAAGCCGUGGCCGUUGGAACCAGCUAAGGUCAAUGGGAGAGGCAAAGAACUUGCUUCAGUACAUGUUCAACUCUCUUGCGGAAACAAGGUGCCAGUUGUGGGAGAAAGAUGUGGAAAUAAAAGAAAUGAAAGAUCAGUUUAAAGAAAUUGUUGGCCUUCUGAGGCAGAGUGAGCUGAGAAGGAAAGAAGCUGAAAAGGAGGUUAAGUUAAGGGAGCAAGCACAUGCAACUUCCUUAGCUUCAUCUCCACUUGGAACCCCACCGAGUUCAGUGAAGCAUUUAGCUGAGGACAUGACCACACCUUCUCCAAUGACUGUGCCAGCACAGAAACAGCUCAAAUUCACUCCGGGGAUUGCUAACGGCAAAGUGAAAGACUCAGCUGCAUUUAUUAAUACAAACAAGAAGAUGGUACCAAUGGGACAAGUAUCGAUGAGGAAACUAUCCGCCAUUGGACAACAGAGUGGGAAGCUUUGGAGGUGGAAGAGAAGUCAUCACCAGUGGAUUGUCCAAUUCAAAUGGAAGUGGCAAAAGCCAUGGAGGCUCUCCGAGUGGAUUAGGCACAGUGACGAAACACUUCUCAAGGCUAAAUCUCGACAUAAGGCUCUGCCUAAGAAGAUCAUGUGAUCAAGUUACUGCUAUGUUUCACUUUGGGAGUAAAACUCUCAACGUUGCGUGAUAUUGAACCACCAGGACGAGCGGGCAGAUGCUGCUGUAGGUAACAGAUAGCUUAAGGCUUAUUAGGAGUCAGAUUGUUCUUUUUUUCAUGUUGAUAGAAUUGACAUCUUAUACAUCCACUAAAGGAGCUCAUGAAGGAAAUAAAACAUCAUCUGGUUUUGUUGUAAAUGAUAAAAUAUCUAUUUAGUGUUCA